AUGCCAUACUCAAAAAUACCUGUGCUACUCUCAAGAAUCGACCAGGAUAUAAACCCCAACAGGGUGGUAGAGCACUAUAUUGACAGAUGGCACCAAAUUGUUAGCAACUACAGUGGGCGUUUUCUCACGAAAGAAGAAGAUAAACUUGUUGCUCUAUCCGGUCUGGCAAAAGUUUACACACCCCUUUUAGGGGAUGAGUACAUCGCCGGUAUAUGGCGAAGUCGAAUUUUCACCGAACUUUUGUGGCACGCAGAGACAGAAAGCUUCCCUGAAACGGAGCGGCCAUUAAGGUACCGUGCCCCUUCAUGGUCUUGGGCCUCUAUCGACGCUCAUAUAACUUGCCAUCAUGCCCUAAGCCCGUCUGACUUGCGAGGUCAAACUUGCUGCACUGUGCUCGAGGCCCAAGUGGAAACAUUGGGCCAUGAUACUACUGGUCAGGUAAAAGGAGGGUUUCUACGAGUGUCCGGAGUUUUACGACCUUGUCACUUCUGGACACAGCCGAAAGACCUUCGCCCACAAGUAUUACUUGACACGACCGAUCAUAUAGCAGAGAUUGUACUUACAGACUUCUUCCCCAUCAUUUUAGAAGCAAUGUUUGAUCACCCAUCAGAGAUCGAUGACAGUAUCCAAUUAUACUGUCUCCCUGUCUUACACUCCGUGCGCUCCAAUUUUAGAGGCAUGGUUGUGCGUGCCGGCUCCACACCAGAGACGUUUGAACGCGUUGGGAUGUUCUAUACCUCAAUUAGUGAGGAUGAUGGUCUCGAGACAUUCGCCAAAUUUGUGAUUGUCAUGUUCGAGAUCCCUGAGAGUUUUCUUGAUCAUCCGGACCCAUAUGAACGAUGGAGACGUUUGGUCGCGGAGGAAUACCAGAAGACUGGGUAUGUACGUCAGAGCCCCGAAUUGAUAGAGGGGCUUAAGAGGAUGGAGUGUCGUGAGAUUGUUAUUGUGUAG